CUGCUUCCAGCCAUCCUCCGACAAGUGGUCGCCUACACCACCCUCACCGACGACUCUCUCCGUGCCCUCCGCCCCGCAACCGACGAUGACUUCAACAUCCGGACUGGGAAGCUGCUCGCUCCGAUCCUUAUCCCUCGAGUGCCCGGAACGGCAGGGUCAGAGAAGGUCUUAUCGUUCUUCGUUGACUUCUUCACGGUCAACCUCCCGCGAUGGCGCAUAACGUUCCAGAACAGCACCUCAACUACGCCGACUUCCAACGGCGCGCAAGUACCCUUCCGAAACCUCAUAGCGAUCCGAGACCCACCUUGGCUGAACGAAAGAGAAGGCGAAGUCGGCCGGUUGGCACUAGUGGCUCACUACGACAGUAAACUUACACCGGAUGGCUUCAUUGGCGCAACAGAUUCAGCAGCACCAUGUGCGAUGCUGCUACAUGUUGCGCAAACCCUCGACGACGCGCUGACUCGCAAGUGGGACGCGAUGGAAGCAGAAGGGGUGGGAUCUGGCGGCUUCGAAGGUCUUGAAGAACAUAAAGGCGUGCAGGUACUGCUGCUGGACGGCGAAGAAGCGUUCCAUAGCUGGACUGAUGCCGACAGUCUGUACGGCGCGCGAGCGCUGGCAGAGGAGUGGGAGGGCACGAUGUACCCGGCCAUGAGCACGUUCAAGACGCCAUUGGCGAGUAUGGAUCUCUUCGUGCUACUCGACUUACUGGGCGCGGCAAACCCUACCGUACCUUCGUACUUCAAAACAAGCCAUUGGGCUUACCAACGCAUGGCUGAUGUCGAGACCCGCCUCCGCUCUGUCUCAAAGCUGAAGACUGCAUCUGCAUCACCCUUCUUGCCGGAGUCGGAGAAGUCGGACAUGGAUCGCUGGAUUGGCGGCUUGAUUGGAGACGAUCAUGUUCCGUUCAUGGCUCGCGGAGUGGAGGUUCUGCAUAUCAUCCCUACGCCUUUUCCGUGGGUGUGGCAUAGGAUGGAGGAUGAUGGCGAGCACCUUGACAUCCCUACCGUGCUUGACUGGGCUAUGAUUACAACGGCAUUCGCAGCUGAAUGGAUGGAUCUGGAAGGC